AAUCUGGACCUGCGCAAUGCUUUCCACAGAGAGGCUAGCAAACUGCGUAUAUUUUAAUCGUACAGGGUGCAUUCGUGGUUAGUCUGUUAUCUGGGUCAACUCGGUCCAUAUGACUUCUUCCACAUGACCUCCACUGUACGGGGUGCCGCAGCAUAAACUAAGAUUCUACGUCAUAUUCUCCCUCUUUCCCCGAACUCCUCCGACGGAGAGGUGCAACCCGUCCGGUAUCUGCAACCAUAGGCCGACUCUCGAAUUGGGGAGUUAUUCGCCAAAAUGGUGAACUUUACGGUAGACCAGAUCCGCGCGAUCAUGGACAAGAAGUCCAACAUCAGAAACAUGUCCGUGAUCGCCCACGUAGACCACGGAAAAUCUACGUUGACAGACUCUUUGGUGUGUAAGGCAGGUAUUAUCGCCUCUGCACGCGCCGGGGAGACCAGAUUCACAGACACCAGGAAAGACGAACAGGAAAGAUGUAUCACCAUAAAGUCAACAGCUAUUUCUCUGUAUUAUGAACUGAACGACAAUGACUUGGCCUUCAUCAAACAGUGCAAGGAUGGCUCUGGUUUCCUCAUAAACCUGAUUGACUCUCCUGGUCACGUCGAUUUCUCCUCCGAAGUGACUGCUGCACUGCGGGUCACUGAUGGUGCACUUGUAGUCGUAGACUGUGUCUCAGGUGUGUGCGUACAGACGGAGACCGUGUUGAGACAGGCCAUUGCAGAGCGGAUCAAGCCGGUCCUGAUGAUGAACAAGAUGGACCGGGCCCUGCUGGAGCUGCAGCUGGAGCCGGACGAGCUCUUUCAGACCUUCCAGCGCAUCGUGGAGAACGUCAACGUCAUCAUCUCUACCUACGGAGAAGGGGAGCAUGGACCAAUGGGCAACAUCAUGGUGGACCCGGUGGUCGGUACCGUUGGAUUUGGGUCGGGCCUCCACGGCUGGGCCUUCACCCUGAAGCAGUUUGCUGAGAUGUACGUGGCGAAAUUUGCCUCCAAGGGUGAAAAGAAGGCAGAUCUGCCCCCAGCAGAGCGCGCCAAGAAGGUGGAGGACAUGAUGAAGAAGCUUUGGGGAGACAAGUAUUUUGACCCUGCAGCUGGGAAAUUCAGCAAGACACCGACUAAUGCAGAGGGCAAGAAGCUCCCGAGAACUUUCUGCCAGCUUGUCUUGGAUCCCAUCUUUAAGGUUUUUGAUGCCAUCAUGAACUUCAAGAAGGAGGAAACCCAGAAGCUGAUUGAGAAACUGGAUGUUAAGCUGGAUGCAGAGGACAGAGAGAAGGAAGGGAAACCACUGCUAAAGGCAGUGAUGCGGCGCUGGCUGCCUGCGGGUGACGCCUUGCUCCAGAUGAUCACCAUCCACCUGCCCUCACCCGUCACGGCACAGAAGUACCGCUGCGAGCUGUUGUACGAGGGACCCGGAGAUGACGAGUCUGCCAUGGGCAUCAAGAACUGUGAUCCAAAGGCUCCUUUGAUGAUGUACAUUUCCAAGAUGGUGCCCACCUCUGACAAGGGGCGUUUCUAUGCUUUUGGCCGCGUGUUCUCCGGCAUCGUCGCCACUGGGCAGAAGGUUCGCAUCAUGGGCCCCAACUACACACCCGGGAAGAAGGAGGAUCUGUACUUAAAGCCAAUCCAGAGGACCAUCCUGAUGAUGGGACGUUAUGUGGAGCCCAUUGAGGAUGUGCCCUGCGGGAACAUCGUGGGGCUGGUGGGGGUGGACCAGUUCCUGGUGAAGACGGGCACGAUCACCACGUACGAGCACGCUCACAACAUGCGGGUGAUGAAGUUCAGCGUCAGCCCUGUGGUGCGCGUCGCCGUGGAGGCCAAGAACCCAGCUGACCUGCCCAAGCUGGUGGAGGGCCUCAAGCGCCUGGCCAAGUCUGACCCCAUGGUCCAGUGUAUCAUUGAAGAGUCCGGGGAGCACAUUGUAGCUGGCGCUGGAGAACUGCAUUUGGAAAUUUGCCUUAAAGACCUGGAGGAGGAUCAUGCUUGUAUUCCCAUUAAGAAAUCUGACCCGGUGGUGUCUUACCGUGAAACAGUCAGUGACGACUCCGAUCAGGUAUGCCUGUCCAAGUCCCCCAACAAGCACAACCGUCUGUACAUGAAGGCUCGGCCCUUCCCGGAUGGGCUGGCGGAGGACGUCGACAAGGGGGAGGUGACCGCACGGCAGGAGCUGAAGCAGCGAGCUCGCUACCUCGCCGAGAAGUACGAGUGGGAGGUGGCUGAGGCCCGCAAGAUAUGGUGCUUCGGGCCUGAUGGUUCUGGACCCAACAUCCUGGUGGACAUCACCAAGGGAGUGCAGUACCUGAACGAGAUCAAGGACAGCGUGGUUGCAGGAUUCCAGUGGGCCACCAAAGAGGGAGCCUUGUGUGAGGAGAACAUGCGGGCAGUGCGUUUCGACAUCCAUGAUGUCACCCUCCACGCCGAUGCUAUCCACAGAGGAGGUGGCCAGAUCAUUCCCACUGCCCGCAGGGUGCUGUACGCCUCCGUGCUCACCGCCCAGCCCAGACUCAUGGAGCCUAUCUAUCUGGUGGAGAUCCAGUGCCCAGAGCAUGUUGUCGGAGGCAUCUAUGGUGUCCUGAACAGGAAGAGAGGCCAUGUCUUUGAGGAGUCCCAGGUUGCGGGAACACCCAUAUUUGUAGUGAAGGCUUACCUGCCUGUAAACGAAUCAUUUGGCUUCACAGCAGACCUGAGGUCCAACACAGGUGGACAGGCUUUCCCUCAGUGCGUGUUUGACCACUGGCAGAUCCUGCCAGGUGACCCAUACGACGAGAACAGCCGGCCGUGCCAGGUGGUGGCCGAGACCCGCAAGCGCAAGGGCCUGAAGGAGGGGAUCCCGGCCCUCGACAACUUCCUGGACAAAUUGUGAUCACCUGGACACUCACGUGUGGAGUCUGCCAUACCAGCAUUGUAGCACAUCAGAUUAUACAAUCAAAUCACACUGCAGAGUAAUAAAGCUUAAAAAAUGUAAGGGGAUAAAGUAAUGCAGUAUAUGAAAAAGGCUACAGCUUCAGUGAAACACCCAUUAUGUGCGAUCACCUUAUCAAAUAAAAAUGAGCAACUUA